AUAGCUACGCAGCUGUCAUGUGCCUUUUUUAUUUACUUAAUUAAGUACACUUAAAAACAAUUUUAUAUACGAAUGUGAUAUGGUGACCUGCAUAGGCAGUAUUUAAUAGUAUUUUCAAUUCAGAAUGCGCUAUAUAUAUAUCAACUUUGAUUGUCAACAAAUCGUACAGAACUUUAACCCAUGAUAAUAUGUAUUAAUAAUUUACAUUUUACAUAUUCAGUGAUAAAAAGGAUACAAUAAAGUGAUUAAUCAUGGGGACAGGAACUGGCCAUACGGUUGGAAUAGGCUCGGUCAUUUCAACAACAGAUUUCUAUGACGUCAUGCAACGCGAUGAUGCUUACAACCACACGUCACACUUGAAUGACAGCUACGGGGACCAUGUAGGUUACUAUGGAGAUUAUGAUCCUUAUUAUGGCUAUGAUGAAUAUUACUACUACGACCACCUCUACGAAAUAUUUGACUUUGAAAUACCAAUCUAUGGCUACAUCUGGCCAAUCCUCGUCAUAUUCACCAUGUGCUGCAACUGCAUUGUGAUUGGUGGAUUCUUGCGCAAACGCAUGCGCAAUGCAACAAAUUUGAUACUGGUUUUCAUCGCUGUGUCAGAUUCUCUUACAGGACUUGUUACGUUACCGGCCACGUUUCACAUUUUUACAAAAGAGAAUUUUGUUCUCACAAAAGACUGGUGCAAUGCGGCAAUGAUUACAAGGUUAUACAUUUCACGCGCCUUUCAUACUGUGUCUGUCUGGGAAACACUGCUUCUGGGCGUCCAUAGAUUCUUACAAGUUCGGUAUCCAAACUUGGCAAAGAAAUUCUGCACAGUACCAAAGACACUAGCGGCAAUAUUGAUGAUUUAUAUCCUGUCCUUCGCUUUGCACAUAUUUCAUGCAUUUGAUAUCAAGGCCGUGAAUGGACUUUGUGAAUGGAAUAUCCAGGAACCGUGUGGCUGGGCUUGUGUUUAUAUUUGGCUUUCUAUGCUUCUAUGUCAUCUGCUGCCGUCGUUGGCAUUGAUCGUCCUGGCCAUAAAAAUGGUCAGAACCUUGAAAGAAUUUGAACAAGAGUCGUGCGUACACAACAGGGCCGGAAGACGUAGACAAAAACAACGCAGCCUUACCCUUAUCGUGCUUUUGGUUGUCGUGAUAUUUCUCGUACCGGAACUGCCUUAUGGCAUUUUUUACUUCAUCACCGUCAGUCUCAGACACGCGGGAAAACGUAUCCUUCCCCUUCGCACCAACAGACUUAUACAUUGUAUCUAUGAGAUCUUACUGGUGGUCAGUUUCCAUCUGAACUUUUGGGUUUAUUGUAUAAUAAUACGGAGUUUCCGUUCUUGCAUAAAGAGUUUGUUACGUUUGGUGACGUGUCGUCCAGCUGAUUUCGAACGUCUGGAAGGUGAAACGACGUCAUCAAGUGGCGGUGACUUGGAACUAGUUGGCAUGACAACAGAAACUGACAAAGAACAGAUAUAGAUUGCUAAACAAACGCCUGUAUUAAGCACUGGAACUAACUGUACGAGUUCAAGAUUAGAUUACACAUAUUCUAUGUACUGUAGUAUAUUUUUUAUUUCAGUAGAUUUCAGAAAUUGCACAGUAUGUUCAGUGUUUGUCAUUCCGCUGUGAACAUGUUUUUUUUUGUAUUAUAUCAUUUUCUAAACGCUUAUAUUAAUGUAUUAUGUAUGAAGGUUUUUUUUUUGGUUGCAGCUUAGCCAACAACGACGGCUAUAUUCAACAUUACAACAAGGCUCUUUCGAGGUCUGAAACAGAUAGGGGGUUUCAGAAAUCUAGUCUACCCGUAUGGUGUCUGUAUGAUGUCUGUUACCAGUCUAAACAUUGGACUGACGUCACUACUUUCCGUCUAGUAAUUGCGACAGUCUAAAAUCGCUACCGCCUAACUGCUUUCAUGGGAAUAAUAUAAUAUACUGUUCUCCUUUUGAACCCAGCACUAUUGACAUUAUCCAUAGAAGAUAGGAACAAUCACCUGCUUUCUUAUUUAAAAGACUGUUAUGUCUGCACCAAGAUUUAUGUAGGACAGUCCGUACACGUUCUAAAUAUUUCGGAACAAUAACCGUUUUCACACCAGUGACUUAGACUGUGUGCAGAAUGUUCGGAGUACCGGUAGUCAAACGAAUAUGCCCGAAAUGACCAAAUAACGUUAAAAAUCAUGCAAGCGUUAAAUACAAGAAUCGCUUUUAAUAAAAGCUAACAAGUGGCUCGCUAAAGCUCUUGUUAUGAGAUGACAGGGAUUGAGACCAAAGUGACAUGCCAUUGCAGGGUCUAUGAAUGUUUGAAGUACUGCUUCAAUAUUAGAGAAGUGUCCACAUAGUCCCAAUGCAAUUUUUUGUCAUCACUCAUUAUUUCCACAAAAGAAGCAAUCUGAAUCAUUUUGCCUAAAAAUAAAUAUAAACAUGUAUCUGGACCCUGAAACAUUUCCAGUGUUAAAAUACCCUUAUGGCAUUAAUUUCAAAUACGCAAGCUUUUAAAUGCUCAACUGGAUCAGUUACCCAACUAUUAAGCUCGUUUCUGCAAACAGGGAGAAGAGAUUAAUGCAAAUUUCUAUUUAAAGUACUUGCGAUAGAUUGAUCCUCAGCAUGUCAUUUAGCUCUAUUUGUUAAUUUAAAAUGGCCGAGGCCUAGUAGAGCACUGUGGCUUUUGUAAGCCAGCUUUUGAUCUGUCGCUUUUCAUAAACGAACCGCCAUUUUAUUUUAGGUGAAAAAGCUGGGAAGGUGUUGAAGAUGUUCGGCGAUUUAGAUAGUUGUCAUAGUAAUACUGUCUCGCCGAGGCGAGACAGCAAAACUAAAACUGGAAGAUGGAGAAAGGUUGCUGUUAGGACCCCGAAAAUUGAUGGGUCAGACUGUUGACCACAAACGAACUUACAUUAAACAUAUUUCUGACUCCUUCAUAAUCUUCGACUGCUGUUUAGCCUUGGCACGUGACUCUAAUGUAUCACACUGAGAAUGGGGAAGUAUCUAAACUGUUACCCCUUAUUUUCAGGGUAAAACACCAAAUCAUAGAAAGAAUUAGUGGUUUUACAUAAAAUCUGAGCAGAAUAUAAAACAUAUUUAUUCGUCUACAUAACAGUUGUCAGUUUUACUGAUACAUGUAUAUACAUUUUAUUCCGGAAAAGGCCAGCAUAAAGGAGCCAUAUACUUUUGAACAGUUCAACGCCUUUCCUUCUGUGAAGGGCUGAAUGUAAUGUUGUCAGAACUUGUUGCCCAACCAAUGUUGAAACUUUGUGUAUCUAUUUGCAAGUAUAUAUACUAUACAGACAAUAAAAUAUGGUUAAAUCUU